AUGGAGAUCAAGGCUGGAGCUAGUGACAAUGUGAACUCUACACACAAUCAGUCCUCUUCCAGUCACUCCUUCACUGAACAAGCAUUGCGUGCUGGUCUGUUGGGAAAUAUGGAAAAUAUUGGAAGGAGGGGUUAUUUUGUGGGUGGUGGUUGUUCUGACGUGACAGAGGCUAGGAUAAUAAGGGAAAUUGAAAAGAGGAAGAUAAGAGAGGACAUCGUUGCGGCUGGAGCUAGUCUUUUAAGGCAGCGAGAACUUGAAGAGGAAGUUUUUAAGGAAUUGAUGAUGGAGAGAGAAAUAGCAUUGCGUAGAGGUGAUAGGUUUUCAUUGCUGAGUUCGCCAUUUUCUUCAUUGCAAUCGCAUUUUUGGGGUUCAUCCUUGAAUUGGCGAGAUGGGUUUGGGCAUGGGGAAAGGUUGUCCUUGGUGAAUCAGUUGGAAAGUGGAGCUGAUGGAAGGUUGUCUGUGGUGAAUCAAUUGGGAGGUGGAGGUUUUCCUUUUCAGCGGCGUGAGCCAGGAGCAACAAAUGGGGUUGGACUCAAACCUGUGAUUGAUCUGCGAAAGGGAAACACAAUGUCAUUGGGAGGAGAAUGUAGAAAAUGGCCAAAUGAUGUUAAAAUGAAUGAGAGUGGAUUGGGGAAUGAAACAAAGAAGUGUAGCAGACUCAUUGAACAUAGGGGAGUUGAAAGUUUAGAGGAACCGGCUGAUUGCUUUGUCUAUGGUAAAUGGAAUAACAAUUAUUUGUACCAGAGAAAGUCUUUUUGUUUCUUGGAGGUACGUGUGGCGUUGUCAAAGAAGUUUAAUUCCACAUUCACCUUGGAACCUUUCGAGGUUGAUAAGGCAGUAUUCAUAUGUGAUAAUAUUGCGUAG